AUGGACGUGAUACCAGUCGAACAAAUGAAUACUGCAAUGCUUACUCGCCUCGUACAAAUGAUGCUACAUAUUAUACAAGACCAGAAUGCUGAGAUCCAAGGACUCAGACGGCAGACCGAAAGUCUCGCCAUGCUAGUCAACCAGAUGAGAUCGGAGCUGUCCCAGCUCCGAGCUGGGAUCAUUCCCGGCUUGGAUGCUGGGACCGAGGCUGUGGAGGAGGGGCCUGAGACCCCAGAUACAUUCCUUCACGGCCUCGAUGUUAUAUAUCAGCUCCCCCAAGACGGAGAGAGAGCAGAACUAACCCUAAAAGCAACUACGAUCCCAACAGAGAAGCCAUACGGAUCGUAUACAGAACGUUAUGUCAGCAAAACCACGAAUCUUCAAAUGUGA